AUUAUAUCGACAGGAGACUACCAGUUGAUAUUAGAGUUUCGAUAAGAAACGAAAUGGAAAAAGACAUAUCUGUAUACGACGAAGCUGGAUACAUAUAUAUUUUUCAAAUUGACGGAUUUAAUAAUUUAAUAUGUUAA